UUUACUCUUUCGUCUGUUCGCAUUGACACCGAAAAGUCGCAACCAUGGCUGACUCAAUGGGACAGUGUGUGCCUGUGGCGGUGUUCAAGUUGGUACUGGUUGGAGAUGGAGGCACAGGAAAAACGACUUUUGUGAAGAGGCACAUUACAGGAGAGUUUGAGAAGAAGUAUGUAGCUACUCUUGGAGUAGAAGUUCACCCGCUGAUGUUCCACACCAACAGAGGACCCAUCAAGUACAACGUGUGGGACACGGCCGGUCAAGAGAAGUUUGGAGGGCUGAGAGAUGGCUACUAUAUCCAAGCUCAGUGUGCRAUCAUCAUGUUCGACGUCACCUCUCGGGUCACCUACAAGAACGUGCCCAACUGGCAUCGCGACCUGGUGCGGGUCUGCGAGAACAUUCCCAUCGUCCUCUGUGGCAACAAGGUAGACAUCAAAGACAGAAAAGUCAAAGCCAAAAGCAUCGUGUUUCAUCGCAAGAAGAACCUGCAGUACUACGACAUUUCUGCCAAAAGUAACUACAACUUUGAGAAGCCCUUCCUGUGGUUAGCGAGGAAGUUGAUCGGUGAUCCCAACCUGGAGUUUGUGGCCAUGCCAGCUCUCGCUCCCCCCGAGGUCCAGAUGGACCCCUCACUUGCUGCUAAGUAUGAGGAAGAGCUUCAAGUUGCAUCACAGACAGCACUCCCAGAUGAAGAAGAUGACCUCUAACCUGUCUCCUGGCUCCCACCCUCCCCUCCCCCAACUGUGGACAGAAAGUUGUUGGAGUUUUGUCCUCGCGCCUCCCCUUACUGUAAAAUCCCUUUUCAGAAUUUUUGUUAUAUUUGAAUUUUUUUUGUUUUCAAAUUAAGGACAGAAAAAAAAAAAACUUAGUGCAAAAGUAGUUCUGAUUUUACUGUCUGACACCUGGCCACCCGUGUUGUUGUUGCUGGCGUGGUAACAUGCCGCUCUUUAUGUCGUCAAACACCCUUCGCCGCACAUAUCCUGCUCACAUAAUGCUGUUGUACUGGAAGCACUAAGGGGAAUAAACUUUGAAUAAAAACAUUCUCAAUAUAAAA